AUGGAAGGAGUUGAGCAAAAUCAAUCGACGAUUUCCUUUUCCCCCUUUGAUGGUCAGGAUAUAGUAGCAGAGCUGGUAGAGAGAUCGUUUUCCUCACGAAAUAUUAGUGAGCAGAAACAAAUAGCUCGCAUGUCAAGGCCGAUACCGAAGCUUACACUAAAGACGAAUGAUAGGAGCUUUCAAGAAAGUUGGUAUUCGAACAAGGACUGGCUAUGUGGUAGUGUGAGGAAGAAUAGAUUGUUUUGCUGGCCAUGUCUUUUGUUUCAUUCUUCCCCUAGAAAGUCUCCAUGGGCUUCAACAGGCUAUCAUAACAUGCAUAGUUUUAGUGGUGACAGCAUAAAACACGAGAAAACAAAAUCUCACAUGGAGGCAUACAAACAGUGGAGGUUAUUUGAUUCGAGAGAGAGUGUUGAUGUUUUGUUUUCGAGAGCUCGGCGAGAAGCAGUAGAGAGGCACAAUGAGGAGGUAAGGCAAAACAGAGAUGCUAAAAAUAUUGGGGAGGCAGUUUUAUAUCUUGCCAAACAGGAAUUAGCAUUUAGAGGACAUGAUGAGAGCAGGGCUAGUCUUAACCAGGGUAAUUAUAGAGAAUUACUAAAAUGCUUUGGAAAAUUGGAUUCUGUUUUUGACCGUCGUUUGCAAGGUAGACUGCAAGGUACAGAGAGAGUGGAUGAAGGUGGAGUUUUUACUGGGGUUUCAGCUGAUGUCCAAAAUGAUUUAAUUGAGUGUAUUGACUCAGUCAUUCAGGAUGAGAUUGAUGAUGAAAUGAAAGAGUGUCAGUUUUUUAGCAUUCAAGUUGAUGAAACAACUGAUGUUACAGCAAAAGCACAACUCAGUGCCAUUAUUCGACUAGAUAAAGGGAGUGAAAUUGUGGAAAGAUUUUUAAAAUUUAGAAAUGUUAGUACCGACCGAAGUGCACAAGGUAUUAGUGAUAUAGUUAAAGGCAUCUUAGAGAGAUAUGGAGAGGAUAAUUAG